UCGUUUACGCUAACCGUUGCUAUAGCGACAUCUUAAGGAGAGGGCGCUUGCGGAAGAGAAGGGGGCGGGGUUAUUGUGAAGUGACGCACAGUGGGGGCGGGGAAAUGUAGCCGAGUGACGCACGGAGGGGGCGUGUUUAGCGCCGCGCGCCGCCGCAACGCUCCUCCGUAGUCGUUUCCCGCAGAGAGAGAGAGAGCGCGAGAGAGGCGAAAGAAGAUGGCGGCCGUGCCAAGCGGAGCUGCUGUUGCUGCGUCCGCCGCGGCCGCGAUUUCGCACUCGGCCCGAGCGACCGCGGGCAUGGGCGCCCCGAACCGAGCACCACCCAGCUCAGGUAUCGAGCACCAGAGCCGAGCUGGACAGACCGCGGCGUGUAUGGCCAACCCCGGGCACCCCGCGGUCGGCAGGCCGCCCCCAGCUCGAGUGGGCUACUACGAGCUGGAGCGGACCAUCGGCAAGGGCAAUUUCGCCGUCGUAAAACUCGCCACGCACGUCAUCACCAAAGCCAAGGUGGCGAUUAAAAUCGUGGACAAGACGCAGCUAGAUGACGACAAUCUGAAGAAGAUCUUCAGGGAGGUGCAGAUCAUGAAGAUGCUGCGACACCCGCACAUCAUUCGCCUCUACCAGGUGAUGGAGACAGAGAGGAUGAUUUAUUUAGUAACUGAAUACGCCAGUGGUGGAGAGAUUUUUGAUCACCUGGUGGCUCAUGGGCGCAUGGCGGAGAAAGACGCGCGGCGAAAGUUCAAACAGAUCGUGGCAGCUGUCCACUUCUGUCACUGCAGAAACAUCGUCCACCGAGACCUGAAGGCCGAGAACCUGCUGCUGGACCACAACCUUAACAUCAAAAUCGCAGACUUUGGCUUCAGUAAUCUGUUCUCUCGGGGACAGUUGUUAAAGACAUGGUGUGGAAGUCCUCCAUACGCUGCUCCAGAACUGUUCGAGGGCAAAGAAUAUGACGGGCCCAAAGUGGACAUCUGGAGCUUAGGUGUGGUGUUGUAUGUGCUUGUGUGCGGCGCUCUCCCGUUCGACGGCAGCACCCUGCAGAACCUUCGUGCCCGUGUUCUCAGCGGCAAGUUCCGCAUCCCGUUCUUCAUGUCCACAGACUGCGAGUAUCUAAUCAGGCAUAUGUUAGUAUUGGAGCCGAGCCGCAGGCUCACCAUGGAGCAGAUCUGCAAGAACAAGUGGAUGAGACAGGGAGACCCAGACCCCGACUUCGACAGGUUGAUAGCCGAGUGUGAGCAGGUGAAGACCGAGAGGGAGACAGCGCUGAUUAACGAGCAGGUUCUCAUGGCCAUGUCCGACAUGGGACUGGACCGAGAGCGCACUUUACAGUCACUGCACACAGAUGCGUACGAUCACUACAGCGCCAUCUACAGUCUGCUUUUGGACAGACUGAAGAGGCACAAAACCCUGCGCGUGGCUCCACCCGCUACCCCUCGCCCCAUCGGCUACCCCCUCAACGCUGUGCAGGAUCAAGCUAACACCGUUAGCAUGACCGUGCCUCAUGUCCAGCUCAUAAAUCCUGAGAACCAGAUUGUGGAGCCUGAUGGAACGAUGGCGUUGGAUAGUGAUGAAGGGGAGGAGCCGAGUCCAGAAGCAAUGGCGCGCUAUCUGUCUAUGAGACGCCACACUGUUGGCGUGCCGGACCCCAGGACUGAGAUGAUGCAGGAGGAGCUGAAGUUACCUCCAGGGUUUGUGCGCGCCCCUCCUCAGGCUCCAUUCCCCCAGCUGCCCCCCACCAUCACACACACACCUACCUUCAUGCCCACCCAGAGCCUGCAACCCACACAGCAGCUCGAGUACAAGGAGCAGUCCCUCCUUCAGCCCCCGACUCUGCAGUUGUUGAAUGGGAUGGGUCCGCUGGGUCGCAGGGCCUCAGACGGAGGCGCAAACAUCCAGCUUCACGCACAGCAGAUGCUCAAGAGGCCACGCGGCCAGUCACCGCUCGUCACCAGCCCUCAUCCGAUUCCAGCCGUCGCUCCCGUGGAUGAGGAGGGGUCAGACGGAGAGCCGGACCCAGAGGCAGUGCAGAGGUACUUGGCGAACAGCUCCAAGCGACACACAACGCACAACGCAGCGAGCUCGAGCUACACCUCCACUGAGCUCUCAAACGACAUUCAGAGAGCACGCACAAGGGGCUGGACCCCCGAGCACUCACGGUCAUCCUAUAAAGACUGUAACACACUGCACUUACCGAUGGAGCGUUUCUCUCCUGUGCGACGCUUCUCAGAUGGAGCGGCGACGAUCCAGGCUUUUAAAGCCCAGUUAGAGAUCAAACAGCUCAAGCAGGAGUGUGAGCAGCUGCAGAAGAUGUAUGCUGCUCCACAGGAUGAGAAACUACUGGAGCACACACAGCAGCAGCACAUCCUCUACCAGCAAGAACAGCAGAUCCUACACCAGCAAAUACAGGCCCUUUCUUUGGGACACGGAGAAAACCAGCCCAGUCAUCUUACCCACCAGCUACAAAGGUUGCGUAUUCAGCCCUCCAGCCCGCCACCUACACAUCCCAGCAACCACCUCUUCAGCCCAGCCAAUCAGAGUCCACCACCAGGAAGCCAAGGGAUGAUUCCGGCACAUGGUGGGCCCUUCCAGCACACCCCUGACUUGUACCAAUCCUCUGGUGGCAGCCCGCCGCCUUCCGCCCUGCCCUGCAUGACCCUGGCCAGUCAGCCGCCACAGCCUCCCUGCCCCACCCAUGCAGCUGUCGCGUUAGCCCAGCAGCAGCCGGUUACCAUCCAGGUGCAAGAGGUGGAGCUUGGGGGCGGAGCCCAGAGGCAGAGUUUCCUAGCAACGCCGUGUCACAGAGUACUGGGGAAGCAGCUGAGUGCAGACAACGCAGAAACACACAGCCGCAGUCUGGGCCGUUUCCACUGCUCGACGUCGGCAUACGAACACGCCCAGUUCAGCGCCCACGUAGGCGCAGGCACCUACAACCCCUACGCCCAGGCGGCAUCCCUCAAAGUUCCCGGCUUGGACGGUUACCCCACUUACGGCAGCCCGUCGGCCCUGCAGCAGGCGCUGCUGUCUCCGACGCCUCUAGAGUACCGCGUGGCGCAACAACAGCAGCAGCAGCAGCACCAACACCACGUCACACCCGUACUGCAGGGCCUGCUCUCACCACGGCACUCACUAACUGGCCAUGCCGACCCACGUCUGACACCACAUGACCUUGCUAACCUGCUCAAACGCUCGCGGCCUGCUGUGCCCGCCAUGCCCACUAAUAACAACAACAAUCCUCCGCCGCCUCCGCCCCCAGAAUACACCGACAAUCUGCUGCUCAAUCAGGUAAUAACCAUGGAUUACAGUGACAAUCUGCUGAUGUUGGAGCCAACCCAGCCCCCGGCCACGCCCCAGGCUCCGCCCCCAACACACUACCACCACCACCACCACCACCUGCUGCAGAUUCGGACUCCACCCUCAGAGUGCCAAGCUCCGCCUCUUGCUCACUCAGAAAGCAUGGAGGAAGACGACAACGAUGUUGCCGCUGCCUACCAUGACAGCCUGCUGGCCAAGGUCGCCACGACGACAGCACAGAGAGUGUUGAUGGAGGCUGACCCUCGUCCUGUUCAGGGAGAUGCGUAUCGGCCUCGGGCUUCGCUGCAGCGCCAUCACACCAUCCAGACUGCCGACGAUGCCUAUGAUCAGGCAGAAAUGUCUGGAAUGAGCCUAUUGGCCGGGAAGGCGCUAAGCUCCGCCCGCAUGUCUGACAUACUUAGCCAGACGUCUCUGGCUGGAAGCCAGCAGCUGCACCAGAGGGAGGAGUCAGUGUGUAACGUGGAGGACGAGCUGCACUCGGCCGCGUGUUACCCUUCCUCCUGCACCAGCGACAUGCUGCUCACCUACAAACCCCAAGACCUUCAGUACAGCAUGGAGCAGGCUGGCGUCUAACACAUCGGUGUGUGUGCAGUGUGUAUAAAGCUCCAUACCUGUCUCCUGUGUUCAGCUGCGUCAUGCCAAUCCUCCAUCAUCUGUGUAUGCGUGUGUGUAUGCGUGUGUGUAUGCGUGUGUGUAUGCGUGUGUGUAUGCGUGUGUGUAUGCGUGUGUGUAUGCGUGUGUGCGUGCAUGUGCGCACCCUCCAAGAAGAGGCUCGCUCAUCGUCCAGCUCUUCCCACCGAUUGGACGAACCGGGUGACUCAGUCUCCCUCUGACUCCGCCCCCAACCGUCCAUCUGCUCCGUCGGGCCCGCCCCCUUCUGUCUCGUCGACGUUGCCAUAGCGAGGCAUCUGCACACAGUCUUACGUAGACGCAUCUGUAUAAAUAUAAACACACAUUCUGACACACACACACAGCCACAAACCCAAAGUAUUUCACAAAAAGCCUGUCCUUUUUUGUUUUGUUUUGCUUGAUUUUUAUUGGAAGCGGGGUAGCGUCAGCGUUUCGUAUCCAUCCAUCCCCCAUCCGCAGCGCUACAAUGGAUCAUUCCGGAGCAGCUCUGAUAGCAGCCUAACGCAGAGCGGUCUACUCUGACACGCUGGCGGGGGUGGACGGGGCCCGGAGACCUUCGGCAUGGCACAGGACGACCGGCUCUCAUUCGUUUCGUCUCCUCUCUUUCUGUCUUUCUUCCUUUCUUUUUUUAAAUGCAUUUUUACGCCUAACGUUCAUGUAGGAAUUCUGAUCAUUAUUAUUAAUUAUUAUUAUUAUUAUUAUUAUUGUUAAUGUUUUCUGUAAAAGAAGUUUUAUGGUUAUAAUAUUAUAAUGACAAUUAUUAAUAUUAAAACAGAGGGGAAAAAUAAUCGGUGUUGCAAACAGGAAAAAAAGAACACACGAUCCUGCACUUUCAGUUUAAAAGCGAGCUUUAUUUUCUUAACCUCUCCCGUUUUUUUUCUUCUUUUCACUCCCUCCCUCCCUCAUUGCAUUCAUUCCACACCUUUGUCUCCAUCCGUUUUUCCCGGGCCGUGGCUGCGGCGCGGCACAUCACCGUUUCCUCUUCCUGUACAGUGACGCCAUGUAUAGAUCGCCAACAUUUCUGUGUUUCUGUACACGUGUAUGUUUUUAUAUAUUUCUUUAUUUGUUUUUGUCCCCCCCCCGGAGAGAUGCUCGUUUAUCCCACAGGCCGAGGAGCGUGUAAUUAUUUUUAUUUGUAUUUUUUCAUGUUUUAACUUUUGCUGCUUUUUAUUGUUUUUUUGUUUUUUUUGCUGCGCCGCACUGUCACAGCCGCCACUUUGUGUGCGUGUUUAAGAGAGAUGCUAGCUCAUACAUAUCACCACACGUUCGCACUCGCAGUCCGGUCCUUCCCUUUGCAUGUCUGUCUCUUUCUCACACACACACACACACACACACACACACACUCACAAACACAUGGGUUGAGGUUUGCCUCCAGAACACCACAGACUCUUGAAUUUAACCCUCGGCGCUUAAUUAUAUUUGUCCAAAGACGCGAUCCGGUAAGUUCAGCGUGUUCCAAAUCUCAGGUAGCUCCAGUGCACUAGGUUUGAAGUGCACACUAUGACAGUUCACCUGUUUCAGUUAGCAGCAUUUCACGUGCACUUAUCGGUCUGAAGUGAACAGGGCUGAGGUGAGAUUUGGGACACGACCAUUGGUUAACAUUCACGCGUUUGUAACGUUAACGAUUAGCCGAGAAUUCAGCACUCGGCUAAUAAAAGGAAGAAGUGCACUAGAUCUGUGAGUGCAGACAACACAGGUUUGAGAAGCGACCAUUCGCAAAUGGACUAAACGUUCGUGUGUGUGUGUGUGUGUUAGUGUGUAUGUAGUGUUUUGCACCCCAUGCCCCAGGUGCAUGCUGGGUCCUUGUCAUUUCUUUUCUCUCCCAUUCCUUCUCUUCCUCCCAGUCAUUUUAUUUUGUUCAUUUUUUCCUUGGUUUUAUUAAUUUUUUGUUGUUGUUGUUUCAUUUUUGAGUACAAAAAAAUACUAAACUGCAACAACAAAUGAUUAAAAAAAGAAUUCCAAACAAACUGAGAGAAUAAUAAAUAUAUAUAAAUAAAGAAAUGAAUAAAAACCUGA